ACCGGUUCAAAUAAUCGUCACCGGUUCUGGCCGUGAGCGGGAAUCGAACUCGGGUCGCCGGCUGCACCGCCGAGAGCCAUCAUCACAUGGAUGAAGUUACGAAGUGGCGAUGAGGACUACAUGGAACCUCUGCGUGCUGCUGGUGAUGACCUGCUUUCAGCCCACCUUUUGGGAUUGGAGACAAGAGGAUCUGGAAGGGAAGAUGGAUGAGCGAGCCAGGCAGAUGGAGUUGCAAAUGGAAAUUUUUGAACAUGAAUUUGCAUCCAAAUCGUAUUCUGUGGAUGCCACUGGAAAAGUGGAGAAAAAAAUGACGGAUAUCUAUGUUAAUAUACUUGGCCUUGACAGUAGUUUGUUGAACAGAAUACUUCUACUGAUAUUUUUUAUUAUCUAUUUGUUCUUUCCAGAAGCUUACAGUGUCCCUCAUGAUGAUGUGCCUUCUUUCGAAUCAGAUUUAGUGUUGAAAUUAAACGAGGAUAAUGAAGUUACUCAAAUAUCAAACCUGCCCAACAGUGACACUUUGCAAACAUUUUAUGAUGAUCAAGUACAGUCUAAAUUGGAUGAAAUUACAAACAAUCGAGAGUUUGUGGAGAAUUUCCUUGAUGACUUGGUAGAUGAAAUGUCUUUAAAGCAGUGCAUUAAUACAGACUUGCUUAUUGGAACAUGUGUAUCUCUGGCAAAUUCUGGAGAUUUUCAGAGCCCUCAUACUUUCAGGUUUCUUAUCCCGCUGUCUCCGCCGGAACCAUAUAAAUUUCAGAUAGAUGUGGAAAAUGAAAACAAGUCCUUCACACAUGUCGGUGUAAAGAUUGAAUCAAAUGACUGUUCUAAUUCGGCACAACAAAAAUGUGCUUGCUGUUGCCAUGAUUGCGACGAUGAUGACGACACAUUGUGCCUUUUAAGCACACACAACAGUCCAUUUAUGGACAAGGGUGCUAAUGGAUGUAGCUUAACAGCAGAUGAGUCCCUUUACAAUACGAGAACAAAUCGACUGAUUGCAGGAAAGGCACUACUUUGGUUCGCAUCCUUAAUAACACAAGGUUGGAAAAACAUUGCACGUAAAUACGAUUUUGAUUUGUCACUGCGAGAUAUUCAUUCUCCCUGCGCACUGAAAAUGAGCUUCAAAUCUGGAAGAAAGGUGUUUUUUGAUGCUAUUCCAGCGAUAAGGUACAAUGACUCUGAAAUAUACCUGGUGCCAAGCAUUUAUUCGGAGAUUGCAAUUGACUUCCCACAACUCCACUGGAGUCCUACUUUCUUGAAGUGUGAAGAAGUCUACAUGAAAUAUCUCAUCAAAAGGUUGCCUACAGAUUUAGGUCACUUGCAGAGUCUGAACAUGUUGUCUUACCUAAUUGAGCAGCAGAGGCUGAACACCGCGCAUCGUUCAUUCCAGCAGGAGGCAGGGCUGAAAUUAUUCCACCUGCGCACGGCUCUGCUCCACAUAUUAGCGGACAAUAGCUUGACACCUGAAAACUCUGGAAUGGAGCAUCUGCGAGAACAUUUAAGCAACCUGCUGUGUCUACUGAAAAGGUGUCUUGAAAUUAGGCACCUGAGCCAUGCAAUUGUUGGAAGUGCAGAGGCGAGCAAGUGCUUGCGUAUUCCGGAGGUAUACUGUGAUGGCCCAUCUCCGAAUGUAUUUGGUAGACUCCUCAUAGGGGAUCAUGUUUUCCAACAAACGCGCACCUUAUUUCAAGAGCUGAUGAACAAAUUGUCACUGAUUGUUCCUGAAGAAUGUGAUUGAAGCUACUUGGUGAUAAAACCGUAUUACAUUAAGUUACGAUUUUUCAGUAAUGUAUCUUUUAAGUUCUAACACUUGAGUACAGUAUUACAUUUUAAUGGACCAGAGUACAUUAUUUUCCACUGAAAGAAGUAAAAAAAAAUCAAUUAAGUUAAGAAACAAAUUUGAUGUUUUUAAUUCUUACAUUCCAUUAUUGCCGAUUGGUAAUUGGCAAAUGGGCCAGCAAGCAUUGAAUUGUUGGUCUGGAAACUGCACAAUUAAGAGAGACAAGAUCUUGUAACAUCAUUUACAGGAACAAAAACGUUGCGUAUAGAUACAUUGUACAACGUAAUCGUAUCUUAUUAACUGCUUUGCCAGGUCUGCCAGAAAUUAUCAAAGGACUUCAGUAGUUGCAUAACUUUAAAGAAAACUACCAUAUACAGUCAUUAAUAAAAAAAAGUUAUGUUUCGUUGAUGGUACUUUUAGAAAACUUAACUUGAUAACGAAAAGGAACAUAGCAAUGUGCCUAAAGAAUAUCAUUGUAUGUUACCUGCUAUGACAUGGAUAAUCAAAAACAUGGGCUUUGCCAAUUGAACAAAGGUUAAAAGAUACACAAAGAUGCAUGGGCGACUGCGUGCUUGACAUUUAUUGCACUGAAAAAUAGAGUAAUACGCGGAUUGGAGAAAAUAUGCGAAUUAGAGACCUUGUAUUUAAUAUGGCUUUGUCAGGAACAUUCAAGAUAGGAUGGCUGGUGGUGAAGAUUAAACAGUGGCAGCCAAAGGACACUGCUGGUGUGCAAUAUAUAGUUGCAUUGUGACACCGUGGGGGAUGAAUGAUUGGGCAGGCCUUCAUCCAGCAGUGGAUAUAUUAAGGGCUGAUGAAUGGUACUUUUGCAGCAGAUGAUACUAUACGUGUGUGGUUAAGAACAUACUUAUAAUACAAUUAUGUACAUCACUGAAAUGGUAAACGUGUACUUUACUGGAUUUCCACUUAACGUGUUGCACAAGUGACUACUAGUUUUAUGUUUUUUUUGCAUUGUGCUCGUGAGUAAAACAAUGUAAUGCAGAUCAAAAUAUAGUAGCACCUAAUGCAAACAAUAGUAUUUAUCAGAUCAUGCGUAUUGGCUCUGAGGAAAGCUUGAUGCAGUGCCAAGUAUUGUAUGUCUGCAAUUAUGUACAACUAUUGAAUGAGAUAAGGUGAACGCUAUCAGUUUUAUUACAUUUCUGAUGGUUAUAUGUGGUAUUUUAAAAUCACAAUUUUAACGCUGCUCCAUGAAUAUUGCUACAAUGUAAUGUAACGCUUUACAAUUACCUUUUGUAACGUAUGUUUACCCAUAUUUUACAUAAAAGUUUGUGCUGAUAAAUAACCUUUUUAUAAUACGGUUUUACUAUUUCUGUGAAUAUUUCAUAAAAAAAAAUCAAAUGUCAAAUUUAAAUGAUCUUUCCUGGGGUUUUUUACCGUAUUUUUUUAACUAUGGAUUGCUUUCAGUCUGGAUUAGUUUAGUCAAUUAAGUUGGCUUUGAAAUGUUGCUUGGUACAAUAAAUUAUACGCAACAUACUGGGAAAUCCUAACCUAAAAGUACAAUACAGUACUGAUAUAUUAAAUAAUUGUCUUGUGGUCUUGUAACACUGGUACUUGCAGUAGCUUUUGAAGUUGUGUUUAAAAUUGCUGUUAUUUUACAAAGGUACAACAAAUGCUUAUGUUAUGCAUAUUGAAAUCAAGGGUUUUGCACUGUUUUUAUGCCCCAAUAAAAUAAAAACUACUCAACAUUUAUUUGUAUUGAAGUUUGUAAUAAAAUGCCAUUUCAUAAAUGCAUAUACUGUUUAAAGCAUGGAAGAGUGAAUUCAGAACAUUGCAUUCCCAUUACAACAUUCGUUAAAAGCAUUGGCUUAAAAUAAAUAUAUAAUUGGUUACCCUUUUGGUCAAUAGCCCUUCAUAAGACCAUGUGAUAUGAUACCACGUCAAUAAAAAUAGUACCACGA